GGAAUAAUUUUAUUUUUUCCAGUGCACCACGGGCACCUGAUGUGUGCCGGGUGUUUCAUCCACCUGCUGGCCGACUCGCGGCUGAAGGAGGAACAGGCCACCUGCCCCAACUGCCGCUGCGAGAUCUCCAAGAGCCUCUGCUGCCGCAACCUGGCCGUGGAGAAGGCGGUGAGCGAGCUGCCGGCCGAGUGCGGCUUCUGCGCCCGCCAGUUCCCCAGGUCCCUGCUGGAGAGGCACCAGAAGGAGGAGUGCCAGGAUAGGGUGACGCAGUGCCGGUACAAGCGCAUCGGCUGCCCCUGGCAGGGGCCGUUCCACGAGCUCUCGGUGCACGAGGCCGAGUGUUCGCACCCCACCAAGACGGGCAACGAGCUGAUGGAGAUCCUGGACGAGAUGGACCAGAGCCGCCACAAGGAGAUGCAGCUCUACAACAGCAUCUUCAGCCUGCUCAGCUUCGAGAAGAUCGGAUACACCGAGGUUCAGUUCCGCCCGUACCGCACCGACGACUUCAUCACGCGCCUGUACUACGAGACGCCGCGCCUCACCGUGCUCAACCAGACCUGGGUGCUCAAGGCGCGCGUCAACGACUCGGAGCGCAACCCCAACCUGUCGUGCAAGCGCACGCUGAGCUUCCAGCUGAUCCUCAAGAGCAAGGUCCAGUCCCCCAUGGAAUGCUCCUUCCUGCUGCUCGAGGGGCCCUACGACGACGUCAAGAUCAACCCCGUCAUCUACCACUUCGUCUUCAGCAACGAGAGCAACGAGACCGACUACAUGGCGCUGCCCAUCGUCGACUCGGUGGAGUGCAACAAACUGCUGGCGGCCAAGAACAUCAACCUGCGGCUUUUUAUAUUCCAGAUCCAAAAAUAAUAAAAGAACGACU